CAGCUCCAGAGCAGUUCCCGCGUUUGAUGAGUAGAAGCAAAAGCGUGAAACUGGAUUUGCUGGAAUUUUCGCAAUGGAUGACCUGUAUUUAGACAACAUAGACGAAUUCGUCAAUGACCAAAAUAAGAUCGUCACCUACAAAUGGCUUAGUUUAACUCUUGGGGUCCAUGUGAACACAGCCAAACAAAUGUUGUAUCAUUACUUGGAGCAGAAGCGCAAGGAAAGUUCAAAGACUCCCCUUCAUGCCACCUACCUCAUAUCUGGCAAGUGUUCGGAGAAUGGUAGCAUGUGCCAUAAAGUGUCAGUUGUCCGAGAGGAUAAGCUUGAGGAUGUAAAAGCAAAGAUGGAUGUGACCAUCAGUGUGCAUGUGUACAGUUUGCAGAGAGCAGAACUUAAGGAUAGUGCUCCACUCUACAGUACAGAUUAUGACGCUGUUAAGGAGAACCUGAAAAACUGCAGCAAGUACAGUGCCAUACGCUGUGCUGCAGCCGUCCCUUUGUCAUCUGCAGUGCUGCAGAGAGCUCAGGAUUUAACCCCUCCAGCCCAAAAGGAGAUCAGUAAACCUGGCUUGAGUGAAAAUUCUUCUGCUACCUCCAAACCCAGUACUAAACAGGCAUCAGGCAUCAUGGGCAUGUUUGCAAGCAAAAAUGCUGCCCGGAGCCAAGAAUCCAGCAAAGAAGUGAAAACGGAGCAGAAAGAUGAUUCGUCUCUAGUUGAAACAUCAAAUAAACAGCCAUCCUCCAAAGCAAACCCAAUGAGUAACUUUUUUGGAAAGUCUGCUCAAAAAAAGAGUGACGAAAAACCCAAUAAAAGCAUCAAAGAAGAGAUAGAUGUAGGCUCAACAACAUCCACUACUGUGAGUAUGAAACAGUCGCAGCCAUCUCCCAAACCUGAGUGUGGCAUUAAGGAGGAACAACCUAAGGUGUCCAACUCUCUGAAGGAAGAAACACAAGAUAGUUGCAAUAAAACAAAGCGCUCUGAGCCUUUGGACAGUGAAGAUGAGAAAAUGGAAAGCCAACAGAAGAAGAGACGGAGGAUAAAGAAGCCCCAGGCAGACAGCAGUGAUGAUGAUGACGUUGUUCCAGAUUCUCCACCCCCUGUGCCUAAUGUGCAUACUCCCAGCCCAGAAGAUCAAGUGAAGAGAGAGCCACACCAAGAAGAGAGCUCUGAGGUCAAGAGGAGGAAAAGGAGGCGUGUAUUGAAGUCCCGCACAUUUGUUGAUGAAGAAGGCUCCUUUGUUACAGAGAAGGGUUAUGUGAGUGAGUCUUACUCUGAGAGUGAAGAGUCUGAACCCAACAGUCAAGCCAAGGACACAAGCUCACUCAAGCAGUCAUUUGGAAAAAGAGAAGACGAGAAAAAAGAAAAGCGUCAGAAGAAGACCACUGUGGCUAAUAAAACAACAAAACAGCCAUCCAUCAUGGGAUUUUUUCAGAAGAAAUGAAUUUUGCCUUUCAUGAGCUUUUAAGCAAUUAGUUCUCAGUAGUGACCUACCCACAUUGUUUCCCAUGAACCACAGAUUAUAAACAGGAUAUAUAUCAUCUUUCACUGAAAUGCUCUUCAGAGAUGAGACCAGAGUAGAUUUCUGCUUCUACUUCAUAUCAGAAUUUUAUAUGCUGAACUUCAGUCCUGGGACUGUUGUGAUGGUGUGUUGUAGUCUGUAAAUUAAGUGGUCUUUCCUUGCAAAUUUGUGUUACGUAACUGCUUUGUGGAAUGAAUUUUCAAAAGAUUGUGAAUUCGUUUUUUUGUCAAUGUUUAUGACCAUUUAAUGUUUCUGAAUAAUGUUUCUGAAUAAUAAAUCAAAGAUAG